AAAUUUUCUUUCAGGUAAUGAGAAUUUUUCAGAACGAUGUCAUCCAACCAUGGAAGACAUCUUGUAGGACCCCAUUUCUCACAAGCUACAUCUAAGAAAACAGUGUACCCAUUACCACAGCAGUUAGCAGAAAAAGUGAUAAAAGAUCGAGGAAGAAAUGCUUAUGUUGUUGUGUUUGACACCAAUGAAACAGUGGACAGUUCGUCUGGUUUGCCAAAUUCUGAUCGGAACAGUGUUUUGAAGACAUCCUCCAGAAUAUUAAAUGAAACAAAUAUUAAACAGGAAAAUGAUUCCUCUUCAUUUCAGAAACUUUCAAGAUCUAAGUCUACCUCAACUGAGGAUGUCAAAAUCAACUUUUCAAACUUGGAAUUUGAAGAAUAUGAUAGCUCGAAGACAGCUGUCAAAGUAUUUAGUGACGAUGAUAUUGAUAUGGAAAUUGAUAAAUGUACAGUUAAACAAGAAAUUGAUGAAGGUUAUGAGGAAACACACCAUGCAAGGACUAGUGAACCAAUUGCAGGUUACAUGGUUAUUCCGCCAUCCUUCUCAACACCUAUGUCCUCAAAAUUUAACUUAUCAGGGUCUUCAGGCUACUUCAGUGGUGGCAGUAGUGGUAUAUAUUCACAAUUCAACACGCCAAGCCCUCUUCCAACACCAGAACAGGGAUUUCAACAUCCAGCAGCUAGGCAAAUUAUACUGGUUCCAUCCUCAGUUAAUUUAGAAGGAAGAAAUGUUGUACCUCAAUACUCUAACAUUUCACCUAUGUCUUCUUUAGCAGCAGGCCUCCAUAAUUCUGCAAGAAUACAGUCACCUACAGUGUUUUCUACUAAGAAAUUUACUGGAGCAGAUGCUUUUUCCUUACCAGAAAAUCCACAAGAAAAAUUUGUAAAUUUGGAACAUGAUGAAAGUAACAGGCCACCGUCAACAACCUCAUUAGAAAGCACAUCUAGGUCAUCAACUCCAUUCCAGUGGGAACAAGUUGAAAAUCGUAUAGUCAUACAAGCUCCCAAUAAAAAACCAUUAGAUCUUUCACUACCGAAUAACAACAGAACUGCAGCAGAAGUCCAACAAAGUAUUAAUGAAGUUCUUAAAGAAAUGCAAAAACCAAAAACCACAACAUCAAAAAUUGGAGAAGUUGUCAUUCAUUGUGACGUAAAACAGAAAGAGACUGUAGUGAUGGUACAACAAGGAGACUCAUCUAAUUACACCAUUGGACAUCUUCCAAUGUCUGACUCUCAAGAAUCGAUUAACCCAAGAUCUUCUGAAAUGUUGCCUCCAUGUAUAAAACAGGAAACAGAUGACAUUUAUUCCCAUGAUUCUAUUGGUUUUGGGAAAUCCCCUGAUUCAUUUGGUUUUACUAAUUCUCAAGAAUCUAAUGAUUCUGUUGCUGUUCCUAUGGAAAAAGGAUUUUUUGUAGAGAUCUUAGAUACAUCAUUAACUAACAUCCAAUGGUUGGGUGGUAUACAGUUGAAGAAUCCAACAAAGGCAGACAAACCUGAUCCAUCAAAGUCCGUCCAUAGCGCUACACCUGUACAAUGGAAACGAAUGAGUACUGAUGACAUUACAAGGGUUGCUGCAGAAUGUGGUAGGAAGAAAAGACCUCCAUUUUCUUACAUGACCUUGAUACAAAUGGCUCUGCACAGUAAAGAAGACAAAAGAAUGAGAUUACGAGACAUAUGUGCUUGGAUAGAAAGUACAUUUCCUUAUUACAAAUACACUGCCAAACCUGGUUGGAGGAAUUCUAUCCGACAUAAUUUGUCAUUGUACAGUAUUUUUGAAAGAGAAACCAAUAAGAAACAUGGUUCCUACUGGACUGUAAGGGAUGAUUGUCCAGAGAAAUUAAAGUCUUGUCCUGUACGAGAUACCAAAAAAGAUGAGGUCAAAUCUGAUUCCCCUCUUCCUUUUAAUGGAAUGAUACCGGUGAUUCCAUCAUAUAUACCACAGUCUACAGCUUCAACAACUUGUACAGGAACUCAGGCUAGAAAAAGAGCUGGGCCACAACCAAUAUUACCUCGGCCCUCGCCUAUUGGUAGUGGUGGAUCACUACAGACCUAUGCCCUGAUACCAAUACAGAAUGUACCCAAUUCUACAGCACAGAAUCAAAAUCUUCCUCUUACAAGUUCUCAGGAAUCUACAUCUAGUGAAAAUUCUCAGUCCGAUUCAAAGAAAGGCAAUAAAACCAGAAAGAUUGCUCCAAAAUUGUCUCCUUCAUUACUGUUGUCCCCACCAAACAUUGUCAAACAGGCAUGGCUUGAUUCGCAGGCUCUGAGCAGUAGUGAGGCUGAAGGUCUAGGUGAAAGUAAUAAAAGUGACAAUGAAACAUGUGCCAAAAGAGCCAGAACAGGCUUGCCUCAACCAAAACUAUAUUCCAAAGAUCCUCAACCUGUUAGACGAACUAGAUCUAGACGGAAGCAGAAGUUAGUUCCCAAAGAACGUGAAUUAAUGCAAGAUAGUUCAGAUGAAGAAACUGAAUAUGCAAAGUUUGUGUCACGAUUAGAAGAAGAACUUCCGACUCCGAUGAGGAAAUUACUCGAUGAAAAUGUUGAGAAAUGUGAUGAAUCAAGUGCAAUAACCUCUACUCCUCUUAAACACUCGGGAUUCUUACCUCAGAUGCCUUCACCUUUCUCAGGACUUACACCGCUAAAAAAUGAAAAUAUUUUGGAUAAUAGCUUCCUAGAAUGUUUGAGAGGUUCCCCAAAAAUGACAACCAAAAAGUCCCCAUCAUCAUCUUCCAGUUCUUCACCAAAAUUAGACUUGAAUUUCAUUGGUCUAACACCUAUUAAGAUUAGUAACCAUGACAAUUCUUAUAAUCUGUCCAAGUUUUUAGCUGAGUAUCCCUUGGAUGCUAAUAUGGUUGAUGAUGCAGAUGUGUUGCCGGUUGAUCUAUCUGCUUUGAACUGGAGUGCCGUACAAAAUAUGUUGCCUUUGGAUAAUAGCUGAUUUUGUUAAAGGCUGGUUCAGAAAUGAAUAUCUGUAGGGGAUAGACAGUCUGAAGUCAGGACAGUGUCAUUUGAAUAAAGAUUUACAAAGAAUUGAAAAGCAAGUUGUAAAGUGUAAAUGUGGGCUAACUGUUAUAUUUCAAAAUUCAAAGCAAUAAU